CUUCCGGCUACGAGUCUUUUAUUACAACAUACAAUAUAGACCAUCUAUGCAACACAGGGAAGGGAAAACGUCUAUUUGAAUUAUUUUCCUUAAUAUUUGUUUUGUUUUUGUCCAGGGUACGAGGGAGUUUCCACGAAAACGUUUAAUUAAGUUAAACUUUGCUGUUACAUUGAAUUUUUCAAAUUUUGUUUGGCGAACUGCCUAAAAUAUGCAAAACUACGCAGACGCUAUCAAGGAUUUUGUAGAGAGCCAUGCAACGGGUCUCACAGUUGUUGUUGUAGCAGGGGUUGGUGUGUUAGCCUUGCGAAGAUGGAUGGCAGGGGGGGUGUGUCGGAGCAGGGCAAGGCUAUACGGCAAAACAGUCCUGAUAACAGGAGCCAACACUGGCAUUGGGAAGGAAACGGCCGUGGAUAUGGCCCAGAGAGGAGCCAGAGUGAUCCUUGCUUGUAGGGACAUGAAGAGAGCCAACACUGCAGCAGAUGAGAUCCGUCAGAGAAGUGGGAAUGGCAAUGUGGUGGUAAAGAAACUGGACCUUGCCUCUCUGCAGUCCAUCAGAGACCUGGCCAAAGAUGUCCAGGAGAAUGAGGAGCGCCUGGACAUCCUCAUUAACAAUGCAGGCAUUAUGAUGUGUCCCAAGUGGAGUACUGAAGACGGUUUUGAAAUGCAGUUUGGUGUCAACCACUUGGGGCAUUUUCUCCUCACCAAUUUACUCCUUGACAUGCUGCAGAAGUCCGCUCCAAGUCGCAUUGUCAUCGUGUCCAGCCUGGCACAUGAGAGAGGAAGUAUACACUUUGAUGAUAUUAACCUGGAUAAGAACUACCAACCUGAUAAGAGCUACCGUCAAAGCAAGCUGGCCAAUGUUCUCUUUGGCAGACAACUGGCUGCAAGACUCCAAGGCACUGGUGUGACUGUGUACAGUCUUCAUCCGGGGGUUAUUCACACAGAAUUGGGUCGCCAUUUGUUCCCUGCCUUAGCUCUGUGGAAGAGGGUCUUAGCCUCCCUCUUUAUGAUGAUAGUCAAAAGUCCCUGGGAAGGAGCCCAGACCACCAUCUACUGUGCUGUGGAUGAGAGCCUGGCAAAAGAGAGUGGUCUCUAUUACAGUGAUUGUGCCCCCAAAAAGCCGGCACCACAAGCUCUAGAUGACGCUGCUGCCAAGAAGCUGUGGAACCUCAGUGCGUCCAUGGUUGGUUUGGCUUAAACACAGCAGCCUGCCAUGUUGCUACCAGUCCUGCCUGCCGAUGGUGUGAGCAGCCUUGUUUAAAAGGGUGAACAAUGUGCUCCAAUUCAUUAUAAUUGUCUAAUACGCUGAGGGCCAGACUAUUUAAUGAGAUUCUUCACUUGCUCUUAUAUUUUAAAUCCGAGAGGGUUGCAGCACAACAUUUUGCACUAUUACACUGUUUCUAGUCACCUGACACCUGUUAUAAGCAGGUGUCAUGCUUUGUCUUUGUCUUAUGUAAAUUUUUAAUACCUUUAUGAUUUAUUCUAUAUCUAUGCUUGUGCCAUUAUAUUUUAUCCAAAUAAGGUAAUAUAAGUUAAUUAAGCUAACAUUUAUGAUUAUUGUUUUUAAUUUCUGUUAACAUUUUUCCAUUGCGUUUUUUUUUGUGCAUAUAAGCCAAAACACUCAAUGAUUUUUCUCAAAAUUACAAGACACUAUUAAGACCUUAAAAAAAUCAGUUUUUAUUAUUGACAUUUAACAUUUGCAAACAGGGAAAGCAAUACAUUAUUUGUAUAAUCAAUGUGGUACCAUCAAAAUUAGGAGCACAACCGAUCUGAAAUGAUAUGAAGCAAAAAGGUAGAAUGUGUUGCAUAAAGGAAGUGACCUUUGACCCUGUGCUGAUAAGAGGUGAGAAGACUGUCACACUUGAGAGGAGAAAUGAUGCUCCGUCAGGUGUAGGGAGGGAGUGGAUGCUUCAGGGGCUUGGAGCAGUUAGGAUGCACCCGGUCUACCCAGAGGACUCAUCAGCUCACUGAACACCCCCAGUGUUUGUGUGUGUUUUACACAGGGGUGCUGUUUUUUGUGUACCGAUGAGGUUUUUUAUGCUCAUUCUUUAAAUUGAACAUUAACCAGUGCGUGAAGUUGUCUGCUGAACAUACAAUAAACAAAAUGUACAUCAGGAAGCUAAUAGCAGUGAAAUAUUUUAUCAAUAAAAUGUUUGAUGAAAAAAG